AUGCCAGCAACCGUUCUGCCGGGCUUCGUGCCGUAUCUUGCCUUCAUGGUGAAGGAUGUCGGGGCGCGGCUUGCCAUCAUGGGCCACUACCUGCAGACAGGCCGCCACAUGUAUCCUGUUAUGCGGCACCAGAACGUGCGCGCGUACCGGGGCCUGCUGCCGUGGACGCAGGACUGCGCCUUCAUCGCACCGAGCGCGUUUGUCUGCGGUAAUGUUGUGCUCGGCCACGACGCCUGCAUCUUCUACCACGCCGUCAUCCGCAACUACCACGGGAGUGAAGAGACGGUGGUGGGCGACCACACUGUCGUGAUGGACCGCGCGUCGUUCUUAGGUCAGGUGCGCGUUGGGCAGGGCGUCUACAUCGGUCCUGGCACUACGCUCGACUGCUGCAGCAUCGGUGAUGGCGCGUACAUCGGCCCGGGGGCCUCCGUUGCACUCGGCGCCGUCGUGGAGAAUGGCGCCAUCGUGGCGGCAGGAGCGCACCUGCCGAAGGAUGUGCGCGUGCAUGCGUGGGAGCUGUGGGCCGGCAACCCCGCGCAGAAGGUCGCGGAGGUGACCCAAGAGCAGGCGGGCGAGGUGGCGCACCUCGUGCACGAGCAGAUUGCUGCGGCGAAGGCACACGCGCAGGCGAUCCACGACCACCUGCGCCGAACGGAGGAGUUGGACGCGGAGUGGCUGCAUGAGGCCCUCACAGCAAUGGAGAAGCAGCAGCAGCAGGUGACACUCAAGGUGCCGGUCGAUAUCCCGCUGGAGGCGAAACGCUUCCUCGAGCCACGCGUGCACAUGCGCCGGCCGGAGAUGCACAUGCGCAUGUCUUACCCCGUCAACCGCGUUGCGCCAUGGAUGCCGAAGGUGGCGGACCAAACGGCCAAUGCGUAA